AUGGAUGGCUAUGGAAUGUAUAGCCCGUUAAAACCGGUUUCUGAUUCCGUCCCGUCCAUUUCACAUUCAAUCCAAAAGAUCACUUUCGGUUCUAGUUUUGGUUUCCUUUCAGAAAAAAUGGCUAAUCUGGUCCCUGGGGUUUUGUUGAAGCUGCUUCAACACAUGAACACAGAUGUAAAAGUUGCGGGAGAACACAGAUCGUCUUUAUUGCAAGUUGUGAGCAUCGUUCCAGCUUUAGCCGGAGGUGAGCUCUUUCAAAAUCAAGGGUUUUAUCUCAAGGUAUCUGAUUCAUCUCACGCCACAUAUGUAUCAUUACCCGAUGAAAAUAUCGAUCUUAUUUUAAGCGAUAAGAUCCAGUUAGGUCAGUAUGUACACGUUGAGCGCCUCGAAUCAGCCACCCCAGUUCCAAUUUUACAUGGGGUCCGACCAGUUCCCGGCCGACACCCAUGUGUCGGAACCCCAGAAGACAUUGUUGCCACUCAUUCUUUAGGGUUCUUAAAUAACAAUGGCAGUUCCACUAGUAGCACAACUACUUCUAAACUACUUGGUAAUAUCAAAUUGCCCUCCAAAAAGGAUACAAACCCCACAACUGUGAGUGUGAGAUCAAAUGGGGCGAUCGAAAGUAAGAAAACUUCAUCAACUUUAGCAAGAUCUAAAUCCCAAUUGUCAAAAUUGGUAUUGAAUGUAGAAUCGAGGCAAUCUUUGGCAAAAGUCAAACCAUCAAGGUCAAUUCCUUCAUCUCCCACUAGUUGUUACUCUUUGCCUACUUCUUUUGAGAAGUUCUCCAAUGGGGUCAAGAAUCAGUCAAAGAUCAAAGGGUCUGAUAAGGAAAUUGGUAAAUUGAAUUUAGGGGAAAAAGGGAGUGGGGUUCGUGGGGUGAGUUCAAGUGUGAAAAAAUCUGGAAUUGGAAAUUCGAUAAAGAAUUUUGUUCAGGGUAUUGAAUUGGGGCCUAAGGCUUUGAGGAAGAGUUGGGAAGGUAAUAUGGAUGUCAAGACUCCAAGAUUAAAAGUCACCAAGAAUGAUUUGAAGCUUGAAGCUAGGAGUACUUCUGUUCCAAAAAAAUCUACAAGUGAAAGGAUUCCAUAUAAAGAGGAAGAUAACAACAACAAAUCACAAUCACUUACAAAGUCAUUAAACAAAGAGGAAAACAAGAUUCAGACACCUGUAAAGAGAUCUAUGGCUUAUGGAGAUUCGGUUGAUCAUGAUCAUUCAAAUAAGCAAAAACCAACUUUAGGUAGAAAGUCAACUUCUGAGGCAUCUACAAAUGGUCUCCCAGGGAAUUUGGUCAAAGUUUCUCUUAGUAACAAACGGUUGACCGAUGCUGGUGCUGCUUCUUGGUCUUCACUCCCAUCUUCACUUUCAAAGCUUGGAAAAGAAGUCUUGAAACAUAGAGAUGCUGCCCAAAUUGCAGCUAUUGAGGCAAUGCAAGAGGCAUCAGCUGCUGAAAGCUUACUUCAAUGCAUAAGCACAUACUCUGAACUGCGUUGUUCUGCAAAAGAAGAAAACCCACAGCCAGCUGUUGAACAAUUUUUAGCAUUACACUCAAACUUAAACAACGCCCAUCAAAUAUCCGAAUCUUUAUCCAAAACAAAUCAUCUUAAUUCAUCAUUAGAUCAAGAAGAAACCCCAUCAGAAGAACAAUUAAAACUUUCAUCAGAAAGACAAAAGCAAGCAACUUCAUGGGUUCAUGCAGCCAUGGCAACCAACUUAUCAUCCUUUUCAGUCUACACCAAACAACCCAAAUUAACCACCACCACCACCACCAAGACUCUUACUAAGCCGGUUCUUGUACUUGAGAGCUCCACCAAUGCACCAUCGCCCAAAACCGCCAAGCCCCGCCAGUCGGUCAGCUCAAAGGCUGUGAAUCCGGUGACCCCGCGGCGGCAGAACGGUCAAAAGGCUCGGGUGGUGGUGGUGCAACCGCCGCCGCCGCCACCGCCGGAAUGGGAGAGAGGUGGUGGGUUUGAUGAGGCGGUUGAUUUGGCACAGAAGUUGAAAGUGGAGUCUCGUGAGUGGUUUUUAGGGUUUGUUGAAAGAUUCUUGGAUGCUGACGUGGACACUGCGAGUAGUUUAUCGGAUAAUGGACAGAUUGCGGGGAUGCUGAGUCAGCUCAAGAGUGUGAAUGAUUGGUUGGAUGCGAUUGGAUGUGGAAAAGAUGAAGAGGAAACGUCUCGUAUUUCACCAGAGACUAUUGAUAGGAUAAGGAAGAAAAUUUACGAUUAUCUCCUUACACAUGUGGAAUCUGCUGCAGCUGCACUUGGUAAACCCUGAGGGCAAUUACGUCUUUUGCACAGACUGAGACCGAGUCCCUGUCCUGUGGUUUGUUGUGACUUGUGAGUAGUAACAACUAACACGGGGUGUAAAAGAUGACUGAAAUGGUUAAAGAUUAUAUAUUUUUUGUAUAUAAAUUACUGAGAAGGUUGUUUGGGGGGUAUAGAUGGAGUGUUGACAAAAUUUGAUUAUGAAGAAAGGCAUUGAAUUGGGGGGUUUCCUUGUGUUAAAUUUCUUGUAUUGUUUUGGAAAUGUUCAUUGAAAACUACAGAAGAAGAAGAUGAGCAAAUUUAGCAGAUUGUCUACGAAUUAUGAUAGAAGAGAAUGCCCUAAAGAUUAUAAAGGGAGAUGUGU